AUGAAGCUGUUUUCUCUUAUUAGCGAUAUUCUGCUUCUACUCUCGAAUAUCCGGCUCACGAUAGCCCUUGCCUACACACCAGACCAGGUAGGAUUCAACCUCAACGAGAACGAGACUGCGGCCAACCCUCUCGACUACUGGGGUCAAUGGCAGGAUCAUGAAUAUCACCCAUCUCCGAGAAAUUGGCGAAUGCCAUUUUAUACAGUGUUCCUUGACAGGUUUUCCAAUGGGGACCCAUCAAAUGAUGAUGCCAACGGGACACAAUGGGAGCAUGAUAUAUUAUCGAAUCAACUGAGAAAUGGAGGAGAUGUUCGUGGUUUGAUGAAUAGUUUCGACUAUUUGCAAGGGAUGGGGAUUAAGGGACUUUAUAUAGCUGGCAUGCCGCAUAUCAAUCAGCCAUGGGCUGCUGACGGGUACUCACCGUUGGAUUUGACGCUGCUGGACCGUCACUUAGGGUCCAUUGAUGACUGGAGAUCGAUGAUUGCAGAGGCUCAUAGACGGGGGAUGUAUGUUGUCAUGGAAAAUACAAUGGCGACGAUGGGAGAUCUUAUAGGCUUCGAUGGUCAUUUGAACAAUUCAGCACCGUUUAAUUCACACGGAUACGACUAUCUAUGGAAAACAUCACGUCGAUAUCAUGAUUUCCAACCUGGGAACAAGUGGCUAGAUGAAUGUGAUUGGGAAUAUCCAAGGUUCUGGGAUGAUUCUGGUUCAGGUUUGAUUGAGACAAAUCUGACCAGAGGCUGCUUGGACAGCGAAUUUGAUCAGUACGGUGAAGUAUCUUCAUUCGGAGACUAUCCAGAGUGGGAACGUCAAGUCACGAAAUUUGGUUUUGUACAAGACCGUCUUCGGGAAUGGCGACCUGACGUCAGGCGCAAACUCGAACUCUUUUCGUGCAUCACGAUAGCCAUGCUCGAUGUUGAUGGCUUUCGGAUUGAUAAAGCUUUGCAGGUUACUCUUGAUGCUCAAGGAGAUUGGUCGGAUUCCAUACGUCAAUGCGCUCGUCGAUUCAACAAGAAUAAUUUCUUCAUUCCUGGAGAAAUUGUUUCUGGGAAUUCUUUCGGUGCUCUUUAUGUUGGUCGUGGCCAACAGACAAACCAGACUAUGGAUAACAUGACUGAAAUAGUUGCAAUGGCGAAUGCUUCCGUUCCUGGUCUUCAUCUGCGCUCAUCAGCAAAGGCAGCUCUGGAUGCGGCGGUCUUUCACUACACAGUUUACAGAGCACUCACUAGGUUUUUAGGUAUGGACGGCGUCUUUGAGGCCGCAGGCGAUCCCCCCCCCAAUUUCGUGGAGCUAUGGAAUGGUUUGGUGCAAACAAAUGACAUGAUCAACACGAAUACCGGCGAAUUUGAUCCUCGGCAUUUAUAUGGAACCUCAAAUCAGGAUGUUUUUCGGUGGCCAUCCAUUACUAAUGGGGUUGAGAGACAGAUGCUCGGACUGUGUAUUGUGUCAUUGUUGUUUCCAGGAAUGCCCGCACUGUUAUGGGGUGAGGAACAGGCAUUCUAUAUCCUGGACAACACCAAUUCGAAUUAUGUGUUCGGUCGUUCGCCCAUGACUUCUUCAUUAGCAUGGCAAUUGCACGGCUGCUAUAAAGUUGGCUCGAUCAAGUAUAAUAACUUCCCAACGGAUAGUGCAUUGCAUGGUUGUAUGGAUGAUAGCGUUAGUCUUGACCAUCGUGAUCCCACACAUCCUGUGCGAGGACUUGUAAAGACCAUGCUUGAGAUGCGCCAAAACUACCCGGUACUUAAUGACGGCUUCUACCUCGAGCAGUUGUCAAAUAUGACUCAUGAUAUUUAUCUGCCAGGCAGCAAUGGCACGCGUACUGAGAUUGGUUUAUGGAGCAUCUUACGAUCACGGUUUGCCCCUACUCAAGACUUCACAGGACAGGGUCAGGGCAAUCAGAGUUUCAAUUGCUCUGAUGAACAACUGACGUUGGUAUCUCCCUUUGAUUCGGGUACAAAAAUCAAAAAUCUAUUGCCCCCAUUCGAAGAAUAUGAUCUCCAAACAAGUGUUCACAAAUUAGGAUUGGACGGUUCCACGGGAUUCAAUGGAUGUCUGUCUAAUAUCUCACUUCCUGCUUAUAGCUUCAAAGCAUUUGUACCCAAAAGCGCAUUCAUUGCCCCUUCAUGCUACAUCACAAAUUUUGAGCCUGGCCACGACGCUCGUAUACUCUCAACUGUCGCUACAGGCGAACGAGUGCCAAUCAACUUCACCUUUUCGGAAGAGAUGGACUGCGAUAGCAUCAUGUCAGGACUUUCCGUUACUUCGACCGCAAUGAAUGGAGAAACUGCUCGUUUUGAUAACAGGUCGAUAUCCUGCCACUUAUUGCCGGAAAGGCAGCCUGCUACUUACCAGGGCGCCUUUUCAGGUGUUUUCAAUUUCUCAAUUGAGCUUGAAAAUGUUUUUCAUGGUGUCCAUGAGAUAGUUUUGAGCAAUGCCACCAGCAAAGACCAGAAUCGCAGCACCAAUUCUGUGGAUCAUUUCAUCAUACGCAUAGGGAGUCAAGAAAACCCUAUGGUGUGGCCUAGUCAGGCGAAUUAUAGCAGAAAUCUUCUUUACGCCAAUGAUGCAAACAAUGGUACUCUCCGAGUCUCACACAAAGCGCCAGGUGCCGAUCAAUGGCGAUACUCGUUGGACUUUGGUUCAUCAUAUAGUUCUUGGAUGAACUAUACGAAUUCCAACGUCUCUAUUGCUCCGAAGAAUUGGACAGGAACAAAGCUACAGGCCUGGCAAGGCGAACACAUAAUAGUCCAGUACUGGAAUAGAGUGACUGGAAGUAGUAAUCAUCACCAACAUGGAGACCUUGACUGGGAAAAUAAACCAUCACGUCGUUUCCCUCAUCUUUGGAUCCAAGGAGACUUCAAUGAGUUUGGAUAUGAUUCUGGAUAUUCCAGCCAAAUGCAUCUUCACAAUACUAGUGGCCGAUGGGAAUACAAUCUGAUGACUGAAUGGCCUACUCAAUUAUCAUUAAAUGCUUGGGGUAUCAAUGAAGAUGGGCAUCCGGACAUCACACAAGUCUAUGGUGACAUCGAUGGGGACAUGAUUUUGGAUCGGAUCCCUCCAAUCUCAUUGAUGAGUAACGUCAUGAAUGUCACCGAGCCUCCUCCAUGGCCAUUUCUGUCCUGGAAACUAUCCUUAGAUGACGGCAACCUCAGGAUGGGUAUGAUUCCUCAUGGAUCACAAAAGACGCAGAUUGUCAUGUUCGUCCUUCUCGGAGUCUUCCCACUCAUAACCGCUAUUCUAGCGGUCUGGAUAUACUUUGAAGUGUUUUACCAAGUCAAGCGCAUCGUCUUUGGCGUUACGCAGCAAACUUUUCGAACGCAUGCUCAACAGUUGACGGAUGAUAACGCUACUGAAGUUUCAUCAAGCAUUGAUGACAAAGCGUCUACAUUUAUGAAUAUGCUGAGAAAAAAUAUCAAUCGGUCACCUUCUACGAGACCUUCGACUCACAACCGAGCCUUGAAUGGAGACGCUGAUGAGUGUCGCAAAACAGUUCUUAUUGCAACAACGGAAUAUAAUAUUGAGGACUGGGGAAUAAAGAUAAAAAUAGGUGGUCUUGGUGUCAUGGCUCAAUUAAUGGGCACAAAUCUAGGCCAUCAGAACCUUAUCUGGGUAGUCCCCUGUGUUGGAGGUGUGGAUUACCCCGUGGAUGAAGUGGCAGAGCCCAUGAGGAUUAAGGUUUUGGAUCAAUCGUUCAUGGUUCACGUCCAGUACCAUCGUCUUCGGAACAUCACAUACGUCCUUCUAGACGCCCCUAUCUUUAGGGCUCAGACCAAGUCAGAGCCUUAUCCAGCUCGCAUGGACGAUCUUGAUUCUGCCAUAUAUUACUCCGCGUGGAACUCUUGCAUUGCGGAGACCUUACAACGAUUCCCAGUUGACCUUUACCACAUUAAUGACUAUCAUGGUGCAGUUGCUCAACUUCACCUUCUUCCCAGAACUAUUCCUUGCUGCCUAUCCCUUCAUAACGCAGAGUUCCAGGGCCUUUGGCCUAUGAGAACUGCCCAGGAAUGCGAGGAAAUUUCGCAGAUAUUCAAUCUGGAUCCAGUUAUUGUCAAGAAAUAUGUACAAUUUGGCGAUGUUUUCAAUCUUCUCCACGCGGCAGCUACAUACCUGCAGAUUCAUCAAAGUGGUUUUGGCGCCGUGGGCGUAUCGAGAAAAUAUGGGAAGAGAUCCUGGGCGAGAUAUCCUAUCUUCUGGGGCCUGCGAGAAAUAGGUUCCUUGCCCAACCCAGAUCCUUCGGAUACUGCCGAAUUGAAUCACGAUUCCCUGGCGACAGAAGCAGAGGUCGACCUAGCAUUCGAGGCGAUGCGUUCGGAUAUGAAGAGUAAGGCGCAGAAAUGGGCUGAUCUUGAACAAAAUCCUGACGCCGAGCUUUUUGUCUUUGUUGGAAGAUGGUCUAUGCAGAAGGGAAUUGAUCUCAUUGCCGACGUCUUUCCUUCGAUUAUGGAAAGCUCUCCUAUAACACAACUGAUUUGUGUUGGUCCCGUGAUUGACCUGUAUGGUCGAUUUGCAGCUAUCAAGCUUAGCAGAAUGGUGGAAAUGUACCCAGGAAGAGUCUUUUCCAGGCCACAGUUUACUGCUCUGCCGCCUUGUAUUUUCAGUGGUGCUGACUUUGCGCUGAUACCUUCGCGAGAUGAGCCGUUCGGGCUCGUGGCUGUAGAAUUUGGUAGAAAGGGUACUCUUGGAGUUGGAUCAAGAGUUGGUGGUUUAGGGCAAAUGCCAGGGUGGUGGUAUACCAUAUCGCGCCAUCAUGCGCGCUUGGUCAAGAAGGCAGCGGUUUCCGGUCACACACUGGAUCGAAAAUCUGGAGACCUUACAUUUAACUUCAAUUGCAAAACACCGCAAGCACUCAAAGCAAGAGGAUCCAUCCAGGCCAAACUCAAUGGUACGGAUGAGCUUCUCGACAAUCAGCAGAUCCAGAGACCUGCUUCACAGAGGGCAGAAUCUCAUACUAGGGCAAACUCGCAAGCCAUCAAUUUAUUUGGUAUUGAUUAUGGAAAUUUCUCAACUGAGGAGAACAGUUCUCAAUUGGCCGAAGGUAUUGCGAGUGUUGAUCAUCAAUGGCCAUUACAAGUGCCACGUUCGACGACCUAUCCAUAUUCGGAAAUCUCAGAGAUGCCAUCGACUUCACGACAAAGCGGCAACGAGUCCUCCAGAGACAGUACAGCUGCCAGUCUGGAAGGUAAUAGCGCCCAAGAUAUCUCAGGCUUUGACCAGAUCAGUACACUACCUGAAUAUACCAUGAGUAAUAGCCAUCUUUCAUUACGAGACCAGAAUCGAAAUUCUUCAAGUCUGAGUCUACUGAGUGUCGAUAACAUCAUUCGCGAAGACCGAACGUUCAGCUUACAAAGAGUGAAUCCCUUCUUCACUGAUUCCUCGGGGAGAUACGCUCAAAUGUUUGAAAAGCGGCUGAGACAUCUGAGUGGGAAGAACUCCGAUGACAGACUCUGCAUUGAACAGUUUUUGUCAAAGAGUGAAAAGGAAUGGUUCAAGAUGUAUCGUGAUAUGAAACUAGGCCGAAGCCCAACCCCCAGCCGUGCAGCGACGCUUAUAUUAUCUCAAAUUGCUCAUAUCACUCCAGACGAGAACAUACAAGGUAGUAUCUCCACUGAUCCAGAGAAGCCUUUGGAAGUGGCUGAAAUCUCGGAGGAAGAUCUAAAGCUUCCUAAGGGAUAUGUUCCACCUUCUGGUUUGAAAAAGUUAAUGCUAUAUCGAUUCGGUGACUGGCCAGUCUAUUCGAUACUUCUUUCAUUCGGUCAAAUUAUUGCAGCAAACUCGUAUCAAAUUACACUUCUCAACGGCGAAGUAGGAGAACCUGCCGAGAAACUGUACCUUAUUGCUACUAUCUAUCUCAUCUUCUCAAUCGUGUGGUGGAUAGUAUUUCGUUCCCUGAGGUCAAUUUUCGUUUUGUCUAUUCCAUUCUUGCUGUAUGGACUUGCAUUUGCCUUUAUUGGCAUAUCGCCAUUCGUAACUGCCUCCCCUGGACGAUGGUGGAUACAAAACGUUGCCACGGGGCUUUACGCAGCUGCGUCCUCCAGCGGAUCUAUAUAUUUUGCGCUGAAUUUUGGAGAUGAAGGCAACACUUCCGUCGGAUCCUGGGUAUACCGAGCCUGUGUCAUUCAAGGAACGCAACAAGUCUACGUCUCUUUCCUGUGGUAUUGGGGAAGUAGACUGGCUGCUCAAUCUCAAGCAGGACUCACUAGAACUAGUUUGGCAGACUCUCAUCCGGUGUCGCUUACUGGUAUUGGCCUGGGGAUUGCGGCUAUAAUGUGGACAGUCGGGACAGUCCUAUUCUUUGGAUUGCCUGAAUACUAUACCCAGUCGCCUGGGCAGGUUCCGGCAUUCUACAAGUCGCUUCCACGACGGAAGAUCGUUCUGUGGUUCUGGUACGCAGUUUUCAUCCAAAAUUACUGGCUGUCAGCCCCCUACGGACGCAACUGGCUCUAUCUCUGGUCCAGCAAGCACGCACACUCAUGGAUGAUCACUGUGAUGGUUCUAAUCUUCUUCAUUGGCAUCUGGGCCAUCAUCCUUUGGAUUCUAGGCAUUCUGUCCAAGCGACACGCGUGGUUCGUGCCGAUAUUCACUAUUGGACUCGGCGCACCAAAAUGGUGUCAAAUGCUUUGGUCUACCUCGAAUAUUGGCUCAUAUGUGCCUUGGGCUGGGAGUGCUGUGGCGAGUUCGCUUGUUGGAAGGGGGUUGUGGUUAUGGCUUGGUGUGUUGGAUGCGUUGCAGGGUGUUGGAUUCGGCAUGAUCCUCCUCAACACCCUUACCCGUUUUCACAUCGCUUUCACCCUGCUCGCAGCGCAGGUCAUAGGCUCCAUCGGCACAAUCCUCGCUCGCGCCACUGCACCCGACAAGACAGGUCCAGGCGAUGUCUUCCCCGAUUUCUCGGCUGGUGUACGCGAUGGCCUUUCCAAAGCGGAUUUUUGGGUUUGCCUGUUGUUUUUGUUGUCCAUCAAUGCCCUCUGUUUCAUUUUCUUUCGGAAGGAGCAGUUGCAGAAGCCUUGA